AUGGCUGGAAAUCAAAAUCCUGGAAAUUUUGCCAACCGCCCAAAGGACGAGGUCCAGGAGAUCGCAUCAAAGGGAGGACAGGCGAGCCAGUCAAGCGGCUUUGCUACCAUGGAUGCCAAUAAGCAGAGAGACAUUGCCUCCCAAGGAGGCCACGCAUCUCAUGGCUCAUUUGAACCUGGAAGCGAGAAGGCUAGGGAAGCUGGCAGAAAGGGCGGGUCCAAGUAG